UGCACCUCAAUAUGUCUGCCAUCCAGUGCUGACCCCCAACUGCCUUAUACCUGCUUUUGUCGACCAUCCCAGACAUGGAAUGGCAAUGAGUGUGUCUAUAGUAGCGGUGGUGGAGCUGAUGGCGAUAGUACCGCGACUAUUGUACCAACGGUCAGACCCAUGGCCACCACUCCGAGCCCUUUCCAGGUGUUGGACACCAAUAAGACCCGACUAUUACUCGCUGUCUAUAAGGAAGGAAUUUAUGUCAAACAAAAUAUUCACGAAUUGGACACUAAUUACAUUGAGUCCAUGAAUAUGGUGUCCAGCGCUAAAUGGAUCACUGAAUUGGACUACAAUUAUGAGCGCAACUGUAUGUAUUGGCUGCAAACGGCAGCACCGGGCGAGCUGUUCUCGGAUAACAUGAAAGCGUCACUCUAUGGGAUGCCUGUCGACCGAAACAAGCCGUCCCUAUACUCCGAGACCAAACUACUUGUCAAAAAGGAGUACACAUCAAAGCGCAUGGCCUACGAUUGGGUCCAUAAUCUCAUAUAUAUAGCUACCAGUGUUGGCGUGGAGGUGACCAGUCUGGACAACAUGUAUGCCUAUACUGUGGUCACUCACACGGAUACGCAACUGGAUGUGGCGGUCGACCCCAUACAGGGAGUACUGGUGUGGUCUCAGUAUAGGUAUAAUGUGAUCACCGAAGAACGGGCGGGGAGUAUAAUGCGGGCCAAUCAGGACGGCUCUCAGCAGUCGGUGCUGUCGGCCGCCAAACUGCCACUGACUAUAGCGGUAGACAUUAACGCACAGGUAGUCUACUGGAUCGACACGUCCACCUAUUCGCUACAUUUGGUGGACUACACGGCUAUUAACUACAAGACUAUACUAAUGGAGAGAUCCCUAUUCGACGACACCUUCUCUAUGGAUGUCUUCGCGGACUAUAUUUUUUGGUCUAAUUAUGACAAGAAUGCAGUGCUUAUGACCCAUAAGUCCGGCCUAAACGGCACCCAAAGGUUGGCGCUCGUCAACGCCUACACCGAUAUUGAGGGCAUUAAAGUGUUGGACGCCUCCCGACAAACUAUAGGUGCUAAUCGGUGUGAGAGUCAUAACUGUUCCCAUAUGUGCCUUCCGGUUGGACGCGACUACCGGUGCGUUUGCUCUAGGGGUAGCAGCGAUUGCACCGAAACUUCAACAUCAUCCUAUGUAAUACACAUAAACCCAGUCCAGAGCCCAAUCGUCGACUCCGACAAUAACUUUAUGUCAAAUUUGUCCCAAAAAUUGGAUUCAUUGCUGAGGAGCGCCGACCUAAUGACGGGUGCGGCCAACGGGUCGCCCACCCAUUGGGUGACCAUAACGUUGGUGUCGAUCGCAUUUAAUCUCAUAUUUAUAUCCCUAUUCUUGGCGUUGAUUUAUCGCAAGAGAAAACUUCAAUUUGGGGGCCGAAUAUCGUACCACAACGAUGCUGCCGAUCGGGUCAUACUCGACGACAACUCCCUGAGCGGCGACUGACCCCUGGGUUAGGGAUGUACUCAAUAUACUAGUUAAUAAUUUUUAAAAAUUUAUUUUCAAGUUAUAUAUAUACAUAUUUUUAUUUUAUGUUUAAUUAUAAUACUGUAACUGUAAUCUUGGUAAAUAUUUGAUUGCCAUGAAGUCUAUCAGUAUGUACUCACCCACGAGGACCACUAUAUACACGGAACCGAUAGUCAAUAUCGACCCAAAUCUCAAGAAUAUUCCUGAAAUUUGACUCACGAUUCCAGAAAAACAAAAAUCUCUAGCAUUUGAUUGGAUUCAUAAUAUCCUAUCCUUUCCCGUCUGAUAUCAAUGGCAUUUAUGCGGCGAACCUAACGGCGUCCGACCGGCACUUCCUAAUAGUCCGCCACAAAAAAUGUGUCAUAAAAGACAUACGACUGGAUCCGUUGGAAUCGCUAUUGUUUUGGUCGGAAUAUGUGAAAGAUAAAAAUUAUUAUACUGAGUCGUAUGACAAAAGCCAAAUAAUGAGGGCCUCCCAGGAGGGACAGGGCGUUCAGGUUCUCGUGGGUGCGACACUUGUGGCCAAGAAUUCGCUGAAUAUCGACAUAAACGCCAAAAGGGUGUAUUGGGUGGACA